AUGGGCUUUUUGACUAAACUUGUAGAGACAUCAGGAUGUUCAGAUGGACUGUCAAAUCUGUCCAGAGGAAUGUCUAAACAUGACAAGAAGGACUCUGACGAUGUGGAGCUGGAGAGCGCAGAGAACCUCCUUGCGAGACUCCGCCGUCAGUAUCGGAUGAUGGAACGAAACCGACGGCAGUACCAUGACGAAGCCACCGUUAUACUGGGAAGACAGAGAAAGAUUUUAUCUGAGCUCCGGAAGGAGAAGGAGGACCUGGAGAGCGACCUUUCGUCCAUGAUAACAGCCCAAAACGAGACGAGGGACCAACGCACCGUCAACACUCUGGCAGCCACCCUUGACCGCCAGGCAAAAUACGAGCAGCAGAUCGAAGCGGAGAGAGACAAGAUCAGCGGCCUGGAUUCUGCUAUAACGGUUGCAGAGAAGAAGAUGAGAGAGAGUCGAAGACGCCUCCCAUCCGCCCGCCAACUUGAGUCUCGUAGGCUCGCUGCACGGAACGCGAACAAGGCACUGGAGAACCGCAUCCAGCAGGCUACAGUGCGUUUGAAUGCCGUCCUUUCUGACAACCGUGUACUGAGAACCGCACUGGAAAACUUGCUGAAAGAGCGGGACAAGUUUAUGUUACAGGGCCAAAGACUGGAGAAGCAACUGGCAACAACUGUAAAGAAGAAAAGUGACGUCAUGACCAAGGACGAAGCCCAGACCAAGAUGAGAGCCCUCAGGGAUCGGGCUGAGAGAGAUGCCCAGCAGUACAGCCACGAACUGAAGAAGCUUCAGAGGGCUCUUGAUCACCAAAACCAUCUGCGGGCUUUCGUGGCCACCAUCUCUGCUGGGGAGGACGAUGAUAUGUCACGUCGCCGUACCGAAGGCGAAGGCGCAGAGCCUAGGGGCCCAGAGCAAACUUUAGCCACGUACAGAGCUGCCGUCUCUCACUUGCGGGAGAUGAGCGGCGAAGAUUCAGUGGAAAGCCUCGUCAGUAACUACCUGCAAGCAGAGAACGACAACUACACUCUCUUCACCUACAUAUCCGAUCUUAACAAUGAGGUGACGAGUCUGACAUCCGAGGUGCGAAGACUCCGUCAGGAAAUAGAGGUCAGCAGAGGGCAGGGUGCUGACAACGAAAGAGACACGCAGCGUACGAUCACGAAGCUGAAGAGUGACGUAGAGAGUGCUGAGGAGAGCGUUGAAGUCUUGAGAGAGGAGCUGAAGAAAGCCGAGCUCACCCUCACUGACAUGAAGACUUGCACUCAGGAGAUGUUUGAUCUGUUGCAGUGUGACCCCCAGCCCGUGGUGGCCAUAGUCGGAGGUGGAGAGAUCACGAGCGGUAGUGUUUCUGUGUAUUUGUCUGUCGUCGAGCAACGAGUCCACGAGCUUUUGCAGCUGCAACAGUACGUGCAGUCAGAGGACGCUCUCCCGACGUCGGCUCUCACCGACGACGGCCUUGACCAAGAUUCGGAUGGGAGGUCCUCCUCAGAAUCCUCUGCCAAUGUGGUGGUUGCCAUCGCCAAGCCCCAGUAA